UUAGCGUAGGAGGCGGGGGAAUCAGGAAUACGGGUAGGGGAGAAAAUAACACCAGGCGUGGCGUAAAUACUUCCGCCUUUCUCAAAGGACCACAAAAAUGACGGCGACUCUGCGUCCGUACCUGAGCGCCGUGCGCGCCACCCUACAGGCAGCCCUGUGCUUGGAGAACUUCUCCUCUCAGGUGGUGGAACGGCACAACAAGCCAGAGGUGGAGGUCAGGAGCAGCAAAGAGUUGCUGUUGCAGCCGGUGGUGAUCAGCCGCAACGAGAAGGAGAAAGUCCUGAUCGAGGGCUCCAUCAACUCGGUUCGGGUCAGCAUCGCUGUCAAACAGGCGGAUGAGAUCGAAAAGAUCCUGUGCCACAAGUUCAUGCGCUUCAUGAUGAUGAGAGCGGAGAACUUCUUCAUCCUGCGAAGGAAACCUGUGGAGGGCUACGACAUCAGCUUCCUCAUCACCAACUUCCACACAGAGCAGAUGUACAAGCACAAGCUCGUGGACUUCGUCAUCCAUUUCAUGGAGGAAAUCGACAAAGAGAUCAGCGAGAUGAAGCUGGCGGUCAACGCACGCGCUCGCAUCGUCGCUGAGGAAUUCCUCAAAAACUUCUGAGGAUGCGCCGCUGCGCUCUUUGCGGAGAUUCCUGUAGCGAGAGGCAUCGCGGGUUUUUAAACCUCAGCAGGAGCUCAUUGUCAUCCAGUCAGUAAAACGAUCCCGAGGACCGACGACACACCGAACGAUCCUGCGAUGUCGUACGCAGCGUCUCUCUCUCUCUCUCUCUCUCUCUCUCUCUCUCUCUCUCUCUCUCCCCUCCCCUCCCCUCGUCUUCUGUUAAAAUGUGCUUCUUGUUCCCAUGGAUAUUGAAGUUGUACAUUAGAACCGUCAGGAAGAAAAAAACAUUUUCUGAUAACAAAAAAAAAAAAGAAGAAGAAAAUACUCAAGAUCAAGGCAGGUCCUUAAAAAAAGUGUUAUUCAAAUAUACGUCAAUAUUGAUGGGCACAGGAAAUACUGUCUACACGUCGUAAAAGUCUCCAGCGGCUUCGGAUUCCCUGUUUCGUCUUUUAUACAAUUCAUUGUGACAGAAAAAAAAAAAGUGGGUGUUUAUAUUUUGACACAGCCUCUGAUUCUAAUUUCAGGUGAAAAGUAAAGUAACGACAAGAAAAUCAAAUGUAAAAAAAAAAAAAAGAAAGAAAGAAAGGAGGAAUGUAAAACUGAUGGUAGCGAUAAAACCAAUAAAGAUAUAUUGCGCUUUGUGUA